CCAAGCUAACACAUCAACUGGCCCGUCGUCUCCGCGCUGCAGCCUCGGCUGGCCAGUCGCCAUGGCCACCCGCUCGCAGCAACCGCCGCCGCCGCCGCCGGAAAAACCCCAAGCCCCGGCCUCCGGCACCACCAUACGCUCCCUCGGCGACGACCUCCUCCUUGAGAUCUUCCUCCGCCUGCCCUCCCUCCCGAGACUCGUCCGCGCCGCGCUCGCCGUCCGCUCCUCCCCCGCCUUCCGCCGCCGCUUCGCCGCGCUCCGCCCGCCCCCUCUCCUGGGCAUCUUCUUCGACUACGUUGGCGCCGAUAUGCCCUCGUUCAGGCCCGUUCGCCGCAGCUCGGACCCGGACCUCGCCGCCGCCGCCCGCGGCGCCGACGUCUUCCUCACCCGCGUCCCCGGCCACGACGACGCCUCCCCCGGGUGGCAGAUCGCGGAGUGCCGCAGCGGAUCCCUCCUUCUCCUCAACCAGAGUACCGAGCAGAUGGCUGUCUACAACCCCCUCUCCCGGGCCCUGGAUCUCUUCCCCACGCCGCCAGACGAGUUGUCCGACGGCUGCCGCGGCGAGUGCGUCUACGUGGAUCCCUUCUUGCUCUCCUCCGACGGGAUCCCCGGAUCAUUCCGCGUGGUCACCGUCUGCCACGACAAGCGGCGGUUGCGCGCCGCCGUCUUCUCGUCGGGCUCCAGGGCGUGGCAGAUUCUCCCCUGGUCCAAGCCCGCGCCGGCGCAGCCAUCAGGCAAGAAGUACUGGCUCCUCUGGGGCAGACAGGUGAAUGGGAAUCUGUACUGGUCACACGCGAAGCAGGCUUGCCAGGUGGUGCUGGACACGGCAACGCUGCAAUUCUCCUUCAUUGAUCUGCCGGAGCAAUUGAAGGGGAAGGGGCACCUCUACAUGACCGGGGAAGCCAAGGAUGGCAGGCCCUGUAUCGUCUCCGCAGCCGAUUUCACAUUGUCCAUUUGGUUCAGGAGAGCAGAUGCUGAUGGUGUUGAGAUGUGGAUGCUUGACAGUGUGAUCCCGUUGAAGGAAGAGGUUCUUCAGGCUACCAAUGGCUCACUGGAUUAUCAUGUUGGCCUUAAAGUAGUUUCAAUUCUGGACGGCGUUGUCUACCUGUCAACCUUUGAGACAUUUAUAGAUGCUACUAUACCUUGCUGGUACCUGUCUUUCUGCCUGGAAACAAGGAAGCUGGAAAAGAUCUUCUAUAAAAAUGAUGACGGGCAUGAGCAUCCUUACAUCAUGGCGUGGCCUACUUUUGUUGUCAGUAACAAUGGGAGCCCUUGAAUUGGAAGGUGCUUGUUCAAGUGUGCAACUGGGUAUCAUAACAUAGGAGGAAGAUGAAAAAUAGAACUGGUAAAUUUUGUAUUUAUUGUAGUCUUAAUGUCUUAUCUGAACUAUUAAAUUGUUUUCUGCUUUAUUAUGUUAAUUAUGUUGUGGAUGUGGAAGUAAUCUUCUUAAUGAAUUAUAGAGUAAUUUCAUUGUACCCAGAUGUUGUUUA